GAAUCACCACACACAUCCCUCCUGCCCUCUCAAGAAAUUUUACUCCUGCCAACAGCUGCUUGGUAGCUAGGUCACCAACAAUGGCCUCCUCGUCCUCCUUCCUGCUCGCCAUGGCCGCGCUAGCGGCAUUGUUGGCUGUUGGGUCGUGCAGCACCCUAAUGACCUGGACGAUCGGCAAGGACUCCACCUCCACCCGCCUCGUCCUCGUCGCCAGCGCCGACGUCUCUGAGGUGGCUGUCAAAGACAAGGGCGCCACGGAUUUCUCAGACGACCUCAAGGAGUCACCAGCCAAGACAUUUACAUACGAGAGCAAGGAACCGAUCAAGGGCCCCCUCUCCGUCCGCUUUGCUGUCAAGGGUCAAGGCUACCGCACCACCGACGAUGUCAUCCCUGCCGACUUCAAGCCUGGCUCAGUUUACAAGACUAAGGAACAGGUUUGAGGAAUUAAUUGAUGGGCAAAUCUGCUCUUUGAGAGAGAGAGAGAUUGAGCAUAUAAAUAAGCAAGCCAAUAAUUCAUUUACUAUGGUUAUUUAUAUCUUGUGGUAGACACUAUCGCAAAAUAAAGUACACUAUGUUCUCCUGCCGCGUAUUGCUGUAGAGCUAUAUAUACGCGCGAUUAUUGUAAACCUUUUUUGUCAAGAUGGUUGUGUACGUUUGAUUUUUGUUUAAUAAGGUUCCAAUACAUGUGUAUAUGUCAAAAUUAAUCAGUGAAGCUUGUUUAUCUUAUUUAGCAA